AUGUCGGACAAGCCGAUCUUCGUAGCUACGCAUCCGCGAGCAUGCUCGACGGCUUUUGAACGGGUCUUCAUGACUCAACGCGACACCAUCCAGUGUGUCCAUGAGCCGUUCGGUGACGCCUUCUACUACGGCCCCGAACGCCUCUCCGGUCGGUUUGCCCACGACGAACAGGCCCGUCUGGAGAGCGGGUUCAGCAAGUCGACCUACAGCACCGUGUUGGAGAGGAUUGAUCGUGAAGCUUCUGAGGGGAAGAGAGUUUUCAUCAAGGAUAUCGACCACUACCUGCUUCCGCCGAGCGGCAAGCCCGCGAGUGUUGCGCCAUCGUUGCGACGCAUCAAGCGCGGGGUGGGGACUGAAGAAGCCCUCAACGGACACCACUCGGCCAAUGGCGUGAACGGCACCGCUCACGUCAACGGCCACUCCACCGCGCCAGUCAACGGAGCCACCAACGGAGUGAACGGCACUUCGAAUGGCGCGGUGACCAACGGGGCCGCCAACGGCGUCAACGGACACCAUGGCGACACCAACGGGGCUAGCAAAGAGCCCUACCCGUAUGACACGCCAGCGGAACCCAGGAAUCCGACGGUGAUGCCGCGUGCAAUCCAGGAGCAGUUCCACUUUGCGUUCCUGAUCCGCGACCCGCACUACAGCGUGCCAUCGUAUUUCCGGUGCACGAUCCCGCCUCUGGACGAGGUUACGGGGUUCUAUGAUUAUGAUCCCCUCGAGGCCGGGUAUGACGAGCUGCGGCGUCACUUUGACUACCUGCGCGGCGAGGGUCUGGUCGGACCGCGCGUGGCGUCCCGGCCUGACCUCAACGCGGAGGCGGAAUCGACGGGGCAGACCACUGUCCACGAGAUUUGUGUGAUCGACGCGGACGACAUGCUGGACACUCCGCCGCCGACCAUUGAAGCCUUUUGCCGUAGUGUUGGCCUGCCGUACAGCCCGGCGAUGCUGCGGUGGGACACGGAGGAAGAUCAUGCGUUUGCGAAGGCGGCAUUUGAGAAAUGGCGUGGGUUCCAUAACGACGCGAUCGAGUCCAAGGGUCUGGAGGCGAGAACUCAAAAACGCCCUGCCAAGACCGAGGAGGAAUUCGACGCCGAAUGGCAGAAGAAGUACGGCGAGAAGGCAGCCGCUCUCAUCCGCAAGACGGUCGACGACAACAUGGCCGACUACUUGCACCUGAAGCAGUUUGCCGUGAAGGUCUAG